AUGCAGCUCGUUUCCAAGCUUCGAAAGAAAUAUCGAUCCAAACAGAGCGAUGGACCAUCAUUGACCACCUUGCACUCGGAUACUUCUCCAGCCACAUCAGCGACACCCACGACGGCAUCCACACUCUCGAACUUCCCCGCCUCUGAAACGUCUACGACCACGAAUACGCUGGCCUCUAUCAGUCUUCAAGAACUGCGAAGACAAAUUUGGAAUGAUGCUUACGACGAAGCCAAGAAAGACGAACCGAAAAUAUUCGAACAAUACGAGCAGAUCCUCUCUGUCCAGCUGCGAAAGACUAGUACCCGAACUUCCGAUGCUGCAAACGAAACAGAUGCCAUCAAACAGGACACGCUGGGUAGGCAAUUGCAGAUGAUUAAGCUCGUCGAAUUGGGUCUAGAGAAAACAGAGAAGAGGGCAAUGGUCAAAGGAAAGAUCAUGGAAGGAAUGCAGCCUGUCCUGAACAUUAAAGAGUUCAUCGCCACCGCUGUCAAAUCUGAGCCAACUGCUGCUAUCGCCUGGGUGGGCGUCACGACCUGCAUGGAUGUAAGGAGCUCCACCAAGGCGGAAAAGCCCCCACUGAUAGUCUCGCAGAUCAUAACCAAUCCCGUCACUGAGCCGGGCAUCAAUCGUGACGGUGUCAAGGAGUUGACGCAACUUCUGCUCGAUAUCCGCGAGACUGACACGUCUCUGAUCGAGUUGCAAACGCAACUGAGAGCUCAUAUUGCUCGUCUCUACAAGAAGCUCCUGCUGUAUCAAAUCCAGAGCGUUGUCUUGUACAACAGAAAACUAGCGGGCGUUCUCAUUAGAGACGUCUUCAAAGUUGACGAUUGGCAACAAAAGAUCGAUGCGAUUCAGAGUGUCGAAGAAGCUUUGCGCAAAGAUGUGGAACAGCAUAACUCUGAAGAGCUGAAAGGACGCCUUCGAGAUAUCGACAGCACCCUGAAGGACCUGCGAUUGGACAUCAAAGCAGUGGAGACUGCGGUUGAACAGCAAACCUUGAUCUUGCGCAAGCUUCAUCACGACGACAAGGAUAAGGAAUGCUUUGCGCGUUUAUUCAGCGGACAGGAGGCGGACUCCUCAAAGAUUCUUACGAAUGGAUACUCGACCAUGAAGACUUCAGGAGGUUCCAUUCUAACCCACAGAAUCGUCUACUUUGGAUCAGAGGUGAUCCAGGCAAGGGAAAGACAAUGCUUCUCUGUGGUAUGA